CUCUCUCUUGCUCUCUCAGUCUCGCUCUCUAUCAGCCCCCCCUCCCUUCACCUGAACACUGGGGCUGCAGCUGUUUAUUCCCAGUCUGUGGUUUUUGAAGUCAACACCAGUGCUGAUGAAUGUGUCUCUGCCUCAGCCUCCGAUGGCCACGCCGCCAACUUCCUUAGUCCAGGCAUGACUGUCACCCCCAAAAAAUCCAGUCCUCAGCCUGCUUCCUCUUCUCACAGCACAAGUGCCAGAUCUGAUCCAGUGCAGAUGGAUGACGUGGACGGCCUCCGGGCGAAGCCUCUCUUCCUCUCAGAGGACUCGCUGUCACUGGCUUCCUCCUUUGCUGAACCCAUCAACCUAGAAGAUUCCCAUUAUGCUCGGCUGCGAAGUGAUCUUGAGUUCGAUGCCCAGAACCUGGAGGCGGAGUCCUGGAGUGUGGCUGUGGAUCAGAACUACCUGAAGGCCCUGAACAAAGAGGCUUUUCAGAUCAACUGGGAGAUGAGAUGAUGGCGUGUUACAGUGUUUUCUGCAGCCACCAAAAAGAAGGCAUCAGCUAUUUCAAAGAGCAGCUGCAAAACAACAAGAAGCUGCAGGUUCUUAUCAGGAAAUUAGGUCAACUUCCUCUCGUGCGAAGGUUGGGGAUCCCUGAAUGUUUUCUAUUGGUGACUCAACGCAUCACAAAGUAUCCCGUCCUGGUGGAGAGGAUCAUACAGAACAGUGAAGCUGACACAGAAGAGUACACGUCUCUGGUUCAAGGUUUAGCGCGAAUCAAAGAAACCAUCUUCCAGGUGGACGCUCAGGUGAGUGAAUACGAGAAAGCUGCUCGUCUGAGGGACAUCAUCCAUCAUCUGGAGGCAAAGUCUCAGGGUCGACAGAAGGACGGGAAGCUGCUCCGCAGAGAGGAUCUGAUCCAGGGAGGCCGGACGCUGCUGCACGAAGGCACCAUCACCUGGAAGAUCUCCGGGAGACAGAAAGAGAUCCAUGCUGUGCUGCUGUCAGACGUGCUCCUCCUCUUACAAGAGAAAGAUCAGAAGCUUCUGUUUGCUGCUGUGGACAACAAACCAUCGGUGAUCUCCCUUCAGGGGCUGAUCAUCAGGGAAGUGGCCCAGGACGACAAAGCCAUGUUCCUGAUCUGUGCCUGCACCUCCAGCCUGCCAGAGAUGUACGAGAUCCACACGCGCUCCAUAGAGGAACGCAUCGCCUGGAUGUCGCUCAUACGUGAAGCUGUGGAACAGUAUCCACAAGAGGAGCAGCAUCGGGAACUGAUCGCUAAACUGCAGCAUUGUCAAGAUGCUCUGAAGGAGUGGGAUGAUCAGAUAAUACAGAGUCUGACAGGGAAGCAGCAGAUCUUUGCUGCUCUCUAUGAGAGUGUGAUGGAGCAGGAAACACCACACAAAGGCCUGCUGCUCCGAGGAGAUGCUACUGACCUGCAGCAGGGGGAGAUCCUCCUCAAAGGAGCCAUUGAUGCGGUGGAAAACCUGCAGAUCCUGCUCUGCUCAGGAAUAAAGGACGCAAACCGUCCAGUGGACGAGAGUGAGAUGCAGGGAGGGAGGCUGAGGCGGGCCGAGACCUUUGCAGCCGGCGAAGGCGACUCCUAUGCAAACACCAUGAACAGCGGGGAUGAGGCUGAGAGGCCGGGCAGCAGCGAGGGCAGUGUCCCGUACAUCAGUCGCAGCAGCAGCAGUCCUCAGCUCCAGGGAACGUUCUGCUCUGAAGGUGUGGAACAAUCUGCUGAUGAUGACAUACUCCCUGAGCCAGACCUGAAUCCAGCCUCCAGUCACUUCCCUCAGGCAGAGGUGUGUGACAGGGUCAUAAUGCUUGCACAGAUGCUCCACAGCCUACAGGCAAUCGUAGCCCAGCAGACCAGCCAGCUCGAGCUGCAGCGCGCUUUCCUGUCCAACAGCCAGCAGCCCACUCGCCAUUACAGCAACGUGCUGCUGGAGCGGGAGAAGCAGCGCAACAUGGAGAAGCAGAGGGAGGAGCUCGCCAACCUGCACAAGCUGCAGGCGCAGCACCGGGAGGAGCAGCAGCGCUGGGAGAAGGAGAAGGAGCGGCAGAGGAUUCAGGUGGAGGCCCUGGAGGCUCAGCUCCAGCAGAGGGAGGAGGAGUGCAGCAAGCGGGAGGAGAAGCUGAGAGGGGAGAAGGACGAGCUGGAGAGGCAGUGGGAGAACUACCAGCAGGACCUGGAGAGGCUGAGGGAGUCGACGCAAUCGGUGGAGAAGGAGCGCGAGCGGCUGACGCAGGAGAGAGAGCGUUUGGAGCAUCUCCAGGAGAAGUUCAAGUCCAAAUUAAUGCAGCUUCCAAACUCAGGACACUAUGAGGAUCCGGCACAAAGUCUCUACAGUUUGCCAUCAUUCAGGAGCAUCGUGAACGGAGGUGGGCGUGUGAACCUGACUCAAAAGCCCAGCAUCUUGCUCAUCUCCAAUCCCAUGGACAUUCCUCCAAAGGUUCCACCCCGCAGAGAGAGCAUCCACCACCAGGCGGCAAAAUCCGAGCUGCCCCUCCACCUGAUCAGCACCACCAACCAGGUGCUCAAACCCCCGGCCAUGCAGCAGCAGAUCCCCACCAAGCUGGCCGCUCAGUCCAAGGGGAAGGACAAGGGCUCCAAGAGCAAAGGGUCUCACCAAAGAACAAACAGUGCAGCCUCUAUAGAUGUGAGCCAGCUGCUGCCCAUCCGAGUGACGGGGAAAGAAGGAGGCAGCAUGAGAGCCCAGAGGAACGCCAGCCCUCAGAGAAUCUACCAAUCGGACAUCUUCAAACCUCCGGGAUCUGCCCACAGUGUGAAAAUGUCUCCGUCGUUAAGCACACACAAGAAGAGCAGCAGCGACGGUCCUCCACCAGCACCACCUCCUUUCCCCAAAGAGGUUCUUGACGCAGGCAAAGAGAAGGUGAUCUUCCUUUAAACACAAACCACAGACUGGGGGGAAAAAGAUCAUGGAAAGAGUGAUGUGAGCUGUGAAAAGAGACUUUGUGUGACUUCAGGAUCCCACAUGUGACCAGUAUGAAGAGGCCAGUCACUGGUACUUCAUCACUGGAAACCAGAGGAAUCAGCUGAACAUUGAAAAAAGAAACAUGAUGGGCAUGGUUUAUCAAGGAAAAAAAAAACAGAGGCCCAUUUGUACAUUCAGGAACAAGAUUAUUUUAUGAUUUUUAUUUUUUUUUAUGAUGUUGCUGAAACCUUCCUGAGUAUCUUUUUUUAUUUUAAAUGAAAGUAGGUUGGCUGUAACCUUUUAGCACUCGUGUCUUAACUUAUACGCUUUUAUUUUUAAUUUAAUGAAUGAUGAAUAUGUUGUGAAGAAGCUUUAGACUCAAUAAGUUUACAUCUGUUUAGAUCUGAAGUGCCAAGCACAACAUUUUGUAUCAGAAAGAAUCAAAUCCCAGUGAAGUGAGUUGGUAAAGUAACAGGGUUUGUGUAAGAAGCUGGAGUCUGGUUGUAAAGUUACACUUUGUAUAAAUGAUGAGAAGCGAAGGAGGAGAAGUUGUCAUUUUUUCCGUGGAGGCUGUUUGUGUGUUUGUCUCCCUAUUGGAAACUUUCAGGUUCACAACCAGACGACUGUCAAAAGUUCAGUGUGUAAGAUUUAGAUGAAAGAGAUCUAUGGCAGAAAUUCAAUAUCUAUUUGUAAUCUAAAUUAUACAAACUGUUGUUUUCUUCACCCUAGAAUGGAUCCUUUAUAUUUUAAUACUUUAUAUCUACAUCAGGAGCAGGUCCUCUCUACGUAGGCCUCCAUGUUUUGUUUUUCACAUUAGCACAAGCUGGACAAACUAGCACCUUUUGGGGUUUUUAUGACAACUGAAGGCUUCCACAGGUUCUCUCGGUUUGGAAGGGGAGGGUGAGGUGAGGGGUAUUCAGCUGCAACAUUCAACUUCACCACUAGAUGUCACUAAGUCCUACACACUGAACCUUUAAACAAUGUCCCGAAAUCAUUUAACAUGAACUUUGUUGAUUCUUUUCUGUGGUCGAUGCACUGACCACUUUCUCCUCAUCGUGUUAAACAUCUCCCUAAUCCCAACCAACAGAAUAAAACGAUGAGGACUUUACAA